AUGGCAGUUGCUGUUAUGGCUAAUGUUCAAGGUGGAAAUAAUAUGUUCCGUACAGGGAAUGGUGCAGGUUUUCUGAUCCAAAAUGGUGGAGUUGUUCCACCAUCACUGCUUCAAGAAAGUCGAGUCCCUCGGUUUUAUAUAGAUGCAAUUGCUAAAUGUGGUGCACCGAAUCCAUCUCAAUUACCUUGUACCGCUCUCGUUUAUAAUUUAAUGGUCACUUCACGUCUACCGCGUGUUAUACUUGGCAACAUAUGGUCAUUAGUAAAUCGUACAGUACCUGGUCAACUUACUCGACAAGAAUUUUUCUCGUGUUUGGCACUAAUUGCUCUGAUACAAAAAGGUCAACCCUUGUCAGCGCUUUCAACGAUGUCUACAUUACCUAUUCCACAUCUUCAAGCCUGUGCAUCAUUUUCACAAUUUCUGUCUAGUGGAGACAGUUGUAAGGAGCAAAAACCUUCUGUAGACUGUUUCGCGGUACCCUCGAACUCUCCGUUAUCUAUCCCAACUACAUCAAGUGCAAUAUCACUACUUUCAGAUAUAAAUUUUUUUCUGCCUGUAAGUACUUCGCCGGAUUUGGCUCAAUCUAUUUCAGUAAAACUAAUCCCUACUUCACAAUCGUACCCAUUAAUUAGCAACAGUGAAAUGCCUCAUGCGGAUGCUACCGAAGGCAAUACCAAAGUUUUUGGUGCUGACUUGAGUCAGUUUCUGGAAAACACCAUUAGUUCAAGUAAUCAAGUUUUAUCGAGCAACGCGCAGCAAACAGCGGAUACCUCUUCAGAAGAGUUCGUAUUACUGAGUGAAUUUUCGAAUAAUACUACGAUAUCGACGAAAUCAGAUCCAUUAUCUCUUCAUUCAGAGAUGAGAAAUACCAGUUAUGUGAAUGUUAGUACCAGGAGUUUGGGGCGAACUUUAGAACCAAUACGAAAGAUUUAUGUGAUUAAGGAAGAAUAUCUUUCUGUCUGGCAGCGGUGCAUUGAAGAAGCCCAUAAAUUACUGAGCUCUGCAAAUACUCUUCUCCUUGAUUCAGAAACUGCAUCUGUCUCAGAAGUUGCUCAAACUGAUCGCGGAGCGCGAUAUUUUCAUGCACUUUAUGAAAUUUAUGAAGUGACAGUACGAAUUCGAGAAGGACGAAUGAGUAAGCUAGUGAAGCACAAAAAGUUAUUUGAAGAUAUCGAUAGAAUAUGGGCGCGAUUGAAAGUGUUUGCUGAGAAGACUAAUGAUGAUAGAAAUGAGUCUACAAAAACAACUGGAAAUCAUCCUUUUUGUGAUAUCUGUUUAUCAUAUGUUUUGCCCGAUUCUCAUCUUGAAUUUACUGGUAGUAUAUAUCAUAAGCAGUGCGCUAAUCUGUGGAUCAACCGAGUUAAUUCUCUCCUGCCAAAAGUGAAAAAUUAA